GUCCUGGGCUUCCAUCUUUCCGCCGGCCAGCUUGAUAUCCCAGGCUAUGGAGGUGGCUACAACGUGUCGGCUCACGCAAACCUUCAAUAUGGAGGCGACGCAGAGAGCAUUGUGCGCCACUCCAUCCAGACGGGGAAUGACAUUAGAGGUCGGAUCCAUGCCAUGAUCGCGGCGGGGGCCCACAGAGGAGGUGCCUCGACUGGCUCUGUCUCCUUGGGAG